AUGAUAGGCCAUCCAAGUACCAAUCCAGCCAGCACAGCUGAAGCUCACCCCCAAACCAGCCCUGAUGCCCACCUCCCGAGUACCCACGCCCAUUCCCAACCCCUGUCCUCCCACCCAAAAAACCCCCCUACACCAUCCCCCGCCAGAAAACUCCUUCCCACCCCACCUCUUCCAAGAAAAUGUCCACCACCAACCGCCCGCCCGCCCCCUCAGUGCCUCGGUAGCACCUCCGACCCUACCCUCCUCAAGCCGGACCUUCCCCCCUACUUCUCCACUCAUCGCGCCCACACGCGCCCGCAGCGACGCAAUUCCCCAUCCAUACCACCCCCGCGCAUCCCUGGCGCCGCACCACGCGGAUCGAAGCGAAACACCACCACCUCUCGACCACAGCUGCUCCGAAAGACUCUACCCCUAACCCGAAGCCCUCGCGUCCCAUCUGAACUGAACGACGAGACCACGACCCGACCCGCAAAACGACGAUCCGGUCCCGUGGUCCUGGAUAGCGAAUCUCACACCAUCAAACCUGAACACUCCGGGCCCCCACACUCUUCGACAGCCGCUUUCGGAUCAAGCACCCGUCUCCCUCCAAGCGCCCUCCCCGUCACCUUCCUCACCCUCACCAACCCUGGAAUCUCAGACCUCGAUCGCGACCGCAUCGACCCCGCCCGCGCCCUCGAUCCCCCGCCGCCGCCGGUACCGGACCGGACCGUGGCGGUUCGACGCCUGGAUCGGAUAAUUUCCGGCAACGCUGGGAGCGCGGCCGGUGAUGAUGGUGCGGAGGGAGGGGAUGCGGCGGUGUGGGGGGGUGCCGGGGGCGAGGGUUGGGUGGGAUGGUGUUGUUGA